AUGGCCCCCUCCCACUUUGGCAAACAGCAGCUGUUCAGGCACCUGCAUGGAUUUUACUCCUGGCCGGGAGGGUUUGUGGAGAAUCCCGUGAACUACGACCUCACCAAGAACUACCUGGACCUGGUGGUGACCUACACGUCUGUCAUCCUGUUGCUGUCACGUAUCGAGGACCGCAAAGCCCUGAUUGGGAUGUACAACUCUGCCCAUGAGAUGAUCCAGGGCAGCGGUGACCCCAGCUACGCUCGGCUGGCCCAGAUGGUGCUGGAGUAUGACACCCCACUCAAGAAACUCACAGAGGAGUUCGGGCCUCAGACCAAGGCCGUGAGCAGUGCACUUCUGUCUCUCCAUUUCCUCUUUGUCCGGAGGAACCAGUCGGCCGAGCAGUGGCGCAGCGACCAGCUCCUGAGCCUGAUCAGCAACUCGGCCACCAUGCUGAGCCCGGCCAGCUCGGAUGUCAUGGCCUGCGAGUACCUGUCGCUGGAGGUGAUUGAGCGCUGGAUACUGAUUGGCUUCCUCCUGUGCCAUGGCUGCCUGAGCUCGAACCCGCAGUGCCUGGAGCUGUGGAAGCUGGGCCUGCAGGGCUCGCUCUACAUCAGCCUCAUCCGCGACGACGCCCUGCAGCUCCACAGGGUCACCGAGGAGUUCUUCGGCCGUCUGAAAGGGUACGGGAAGCAGGCGGCUGAUGUCAAGGAGUGCAAGGAGCACGCUGUGGCGCACAGUGGCCAGUUGCACCGGAACCGGCGGGCUUUCCUACGCAACGCAGUGCGGGAGCUGGAGGCACUGCUGAGCCACCAGCCGGGGCUGCUGGGCCCCAGGGCUCUCUGCGUCUUCGUGGCGCUCUCCUUGUGCCGCGACGAGGUGAACUGGCUGGUGCGUCACGCUGAGCAUGUCACCAAGACCAAGACCCCUGAGGACUAUGCUGGCAGUCACAUCGCCGAGCUGCUGUUCCUCAUGGAGCAGCUGCGUACCCUGGUGCACAGGCAUGGCCCAGUGAUCCAGCGCUACCACGUCCAGUACCUGGCUCGCUUCGACGCCCUGCUGCUCAGCGAUAUCAUCCAGAAUCUGACCGUCUGCCCUGAGGAGGAGUCCAUCGUCAUGUCAUCCUUCGUCAGCACCCUGUCAUCUCUCACCUUGAAACAAGCUACGCAGCUGCUUCUCUUUCCUGCAGUGGACAAAAAGGAGAAGUUCAACUUCUCAGGGCUUUGCCUGGACUGGUUCCGGCUGCAGGCUUACACCAGUGUGUCCAAGGCCCCCAUGCAGCUGCACGAGAGCCCGGACGUGGGCCGUGUGAUGAACCUCAUCAUGUUCCACUCCAAGAUGCUGGACUCACUGGAGGAGCUGGUAGUGGAGACUUCGGACCUGUCGGCCUUCUGUUUCUACGUCCGCCCCUUCGAGAAGCUGUUUGCUCUGACCAUGGAGGAGCCGGCCAUGCUGCGCUUCACUAUUGUCUUCCCACUCGUCUGCAGCCUUGCCCGCUGCACCCACCCCAUGUGUCCAGAGGAGUAUCCCCACCUGAAGAGCUGCAGCCGUCUAUGCAACAGCUUCCUGGAAGAGAUCGCCAAGCAGGCUGCCAACUGCAUCAUGGCAUGUGCCGAGCAGCGCAAACUCAGUGAGCAGCUGCUGCCCAAACACUGCGCCUCCACCAUCAGCAAGGCCCAGAACAAGAAAGCCCAGAAACAGCCCCCCAAGAAGGGGGAGCCGGAGCGGGACAAGCCAGGGGCUGAGAGCCAGAGGAAGGACCGGAUCGUGGUGAGCAACAUGGACAAGCUGCACCAGGUGCUGAGUGAGCUCUCCCUGAGCAUCAACCACGUCCCCAGCUUCACCGUGUUCAAGCACAUGGUCACACCGUCUGAAUACCUCAGCAGCUACCUGGAAACCCAGCUCAACAGAUCCUUCGUGUGGAUGGCCAGCUACAACCAGGCUACGCAGGCGAUUGCGCGGCCCUCUGAGGUCCUGGCUGGCCUGUGCUCCUACCUCGCCUUCAUCCAGUCGCUGGGGCAGUUCACGUGCGUGGACUCCAGCCGCAUCAUCUGCAAUGUCCUGCUUCAGCAGACACAACCCCUGGACUCCAGCGGGGAGCAGACCCUCACCACCAUCUACACCAACUGGUACCUGGAGGUGCUGCUGCGCCAGGCCAGCACUGGGGCCAUUGUGCUGUCCCCAGCCAUGCAGGCCUUCAUCAGUGUCCCCAGGGAGGGGAAGCAGAGUUUCAGUGCAGAGGAGUUUUCAGACAUCUCAAAGAUGCGGGCACUGGCCGAGCCUGGUCCCUACGGCAUGAAGUUUCUGAGCGACAACCUCAUGUAGCACGUCACCUUGCAGGUGGUGGAGCUGAAUAAGUUGGUGACUGAGAACAUGGACAUGCUGGUGCAGAUCCGCUCCAACUUCUCCAAACCAGAGCAGAUGGUAUCACUGCUGCCCAGGCUGACGUCUGCUGACAAUGUGCUGAAAAGAAUGACCAUCAUCGGGGAGAUCCUGAGCUUCCGCUCCAUGGCACAGAGUGGGCUGCUGAGGUGGGUCUGCUCCCACCGCUGCCCGUUCCUGACGGGCCCCAUUGAGUGCCCGAAGGACUUUGUCACCCCAGACAUGGACAUAAAGGUCACCUUGAGCAUCUUCGAGCUGGCCAUUGCUGCAGGGAUCCCAUGGCACAUUGACCCAGCCCUGGUGACUGCACUUUCCAACCUGAAGACAGACAGUUCGUCCCCUGAGGAGGAGUACAAGUCAGCCUGUCUGCUGCUGGUCUUUGUGGCUGUAUCUCUACCGCUCCUCGCCUCCGACCCUUUCUCUGUGUACAGCAUCGAGAUGGAUGGUUACAGCAACAAUAUCCACUGCCUGGCCAAAGCCAUCAUCCACGUGUCUGCCGCGCUCUUCACCAUCCACAGCAAGAACAUCGAGACACAUCUCAAGGAGUUCCUGCUGCUGGCGUCCAUGAGCCUCCUGCAGCUGGGACAAGAGACUGACAAGCUUCACUCCAAGAACCGGGAAUCCAUCUCCCUGCUGAUGCGCCUGGGGAGGCUCCUGCGCGCUGGGGCAGGUGCUGGGGGCGAUGGACAGAUCCUCCCCAGCAGACACUCGGGCUAAGAGACCCCUGCCAUGCACUCUGGGCCUGGUGCUGUGGAGCCUGACUAGGAUUUGGGUGGUCUGGUGCUGAGCUGCUCCCAGACUGGAGGUGAGGCUGGGCUCCCACAGAGCUUCCAGCCACACCUGCCUCCUCCCCAGCUCUCAUUCCCAGAGCAGGGGAUAAAAGCAGUCAGCAGGGCAGAGACAGCCUCCCUUCCCAGGCCCUGCCAGCCUUGGGGUAGGUUUCAGGCUGUCUCCCUGCAGCCUGGGCUUUCCAGCAGCUCCAGCGCUGCUGGGGGCAGAGCAGGGUGAGCUGCUUCAGGACGGUUCUCACAUCCAGCCCCAGUGAUGGGCCAUUGCUGUCCCCUCCUGGGGACCGAGCCGCUGU